AGUGUUUGCAGAUGUUUUUGUUUUGAAUUUUGUGGAAAUUUUUAGAGAGAAAAAAGAAAUUUAGAAAAUUAGUUAGAAUGAGCGGCCUAAAAGAGAUAAAGAUCAUCGUGAAAUGGAGCGGAAAGGAGUAUGAGAUUAGUGAUUUGACGGAACAGGAUACAGUGGCCUUGCUGAAGCAUGAAAUAUGCAAGAAAACCAACGUGCAGCCAAACAGGCAGAAGCUUCUGAAUCUCAAAUAUAAAGGAAAAUUCCCCCCGGAUGACAUUCGGCUGUCAGCACUGGAGAUUAAGCCCAAUUUCAAGGUGAUGAUGAUGGGUUCCAUUGAGGCAGACAUCCAGGAGGCGUGCACAGUGCCUGAGGAGGAAGAUGUGAUAGAUGACUUUGAGACAUCCCACCCAUUCGAGCAGCAAUCCUAUGACAAGCAGGAAGUCUACCUGUCAAAGGUCCAGAAGCGCAUUCGGGACUACAAGAUUGAGAUGCGCAAUGAACCGCGCGAGGGCAAGAAACUCCUCGUGCUGGACAUUGACUACACCCUCUUCGAUCAUUGCUCCGCAGCUGAGCAAGCCAGUGAACUUAUGCGACCUUUCCUGCAUGAAUUCCUCACGUCUGCCUACCAGGACUACGAUAUUGUCAUCUGGAGUGCCACUGGGAUGCGGUGGAUUGAGGAGAAGAUGCGCCUCCUGGGUGUGAGCACCAACGACAACUACAAGAUCAUCUUCUACCUCGACAGCUCCGCUAUGAUUAGCAUCUACACGGAGAACCGCGGGGUGGUGGAUGUGAAGCCACUCGGGGUGAUUUGGGGGAAAUUCGAGCAAUAUUCAGCCAAGAACACCAUCAUGUUCGACGACAUUCGGCACAACUUCCUCAUGAACCCCAAAUCCGGGCUGCGGAUUCGUCCCUUUCGGCAGGCUCAUCUCAAUCGCCAGACAGACCGGGAGCUCCUCAAGCUUGCCGUCUACCUCAAAAACAUCGCUGAGAAUUGCGAUGACUUCACGAAGCUCAAUCAUCGCAAAUGGGAGCACUACAAACCCUAAAAAAAACUUCAUCUCUCCCCUUUCAACUUAAUAAAUCUUUCGAAUUUUGCAAAUAAACUUGACUGAAUUUUCUUCCUGAAUUUAAAAGAAUAAAAGAUUUCUCUUUUUUAAUAUUUUG